AUGUCCGGCACCUACGGCCCGCUCAUGCUGCUCCGCUUCGGCUCCGUGCCCACGCUGGUGGCCUCCUCCUCCGAGGCCGCCAGGGACGUGAUGCGGACCCACGAGCUGGCCUUCUGCAGCCGGUACCUGAGCGCCACCCUGGACAUCAUCAGCUGCGGCGGCAGGGACAUCCUCUUCUCCCCCUACAACGACCGCUGGCGCGACCUCCGCAAGGUGUGCAUGCUGGAGCUCUUCAACCCGCGCCGCGUGCUCUCGUUCCGGACCGUCCGGGAGGAGGAGGUGGCGCGCCUCCUCCGCUCCAUCUCAGACCAGUGUGGUGGCCAUCAUGCCGGCGUCGUCGUCAUCAACCUCAGCGACGGCAUCUGCCGCAUGGUGAACGACGUCGUCGUGCGGACCGCCAUCGGCGACCGGUGCAAGCACCGCGACGAGUUCCUGCACGAGCUCGACGAGGCGGUGCAGCUCACCGGCGGGUUCAGCCUGGCUGACCUGUACCCGUCGUCGCGGCUCGUGCGCCGGUUCAGCGUCGCCGCCAGAGACAUGGGAAGGUGCCAGAAGAACGUGUACCGCAUCAUCGAGAGCAUCAUCCAUGAGCGCAAGGUGGCCGGCGGACCGAGACGACGACGACGACCUCCUCGGCGUCCUCCUCAGGCUGCAGAGGAUAUUUUUGCUACCGGGAGUGAUACGUCAUCAACAGUGCUAGUGUGGGCCAUGUCAGAGCUUGUAAAGAACCCACGGGUGCUGCACAAGGCGCAAUCAGAGUGCCGAGAGGCGUGCCAGGUCAUGGGCUACGACGUGCCGAAGGGCACCAAGGUGUUCGUGAACGUCUGGGCAAUUGCGGACGACAGGAGGAUCUGCCCUGGCAUCACGCACGGGCUGGCCAACAUGGAGCUCGUGCUCAUUAGCCUCCUCUAUCACUUCGACUGGGAGCAGCCCGGUGGCGCCGGCUCUGGAGACCUUGACAUGACAGAGGCCUUUGGUAUAACGCUGAAAAGGAAGUCCAAGCUCAUGCUCAAGGCCAUACCUCGUGUUAAUUAG